AUUUUCAAACAUCCUCUCAUCAGCUCUCACCCGUCCGUCCGUACGCGCGGCAUCUUUGGACGACCGACUCCCACGUGUCCCGUCCUGCGCUGAGCGGAGCCGGGGGCGGGACGCAGCUGGUGAGCGAGGGAGGGAGCAGCUGGAGGCUGGCUCAGCUCACCUCACCUCAGCAUGGCCUUGCCCACCCCUGGUACCCGGCCCGGAAGAUGACAAUGAGCGUGUACACGCUGAACCUCAGGGUCUUCUGGCCCCUGGCCGCCUGCCUCGCCAGCGCGCUGCUACUCCUGUUCCACUUUGUCCUGCGAGGCUCCGAGCAGCGGGACGACGGCUGUCCCGACGCGGGGCCUGGCGCCGUCCUGCUGGUCAAGUCUUUGCUGGCUCUCGCUUUCUGCUACAUCAUAGUCAAGUGCUGCUCGGUCCAGGGCAGCCGGGCGGGACAGCGCCCCCGGAGGACGGCGGAGUCGGGCGUUGGCAGGGCGGCGCCUCCUAAGCGGGAGAUGCUGGAGGAGCACUUCGAGAAGCACGUGCGUCUCUCCCCGCACGUGCUGGGUCACAGCAAAGCCCAUGUGGCCAAGCUGGUGGGCGAGUUGGUGAGGGUGGGCCGGGCGGACGUUCCGCCCGAGUCCUCGCUGGCCUUCCGCGGGGACUUCGUCCAGAUCGGCAGCUCGUACGAGGAGCACAAGGUGGGCUCGCCCGACUGCUUCGACAUCCUGGUGCCACUGCGCCUGCCUCGCGGGCUCAAGCUGGAGCCCCGCAGUCCCGCCGCAGGCCGGGGGGGGGCGCCGCUGGUCACGCUGGAUACGCCCCGGCGGACCGAGUGGACGCGGCGGCACAGGGGGUUUGCGGAGGGCUUCCUGCGCUCGCACGGCGUGGCGGACUCGUGCAGGCUGAGCCCGGACUCUGUCUUGCGCUGGUUCUACGCCGCUUCGCAGCGUUGCCUGGCCACCGUGCGCUUCCCUUUUGAGGAGCGCUGCUCCCUCAGCCUCUCCCUCGGGGAGGGCCAGCGCGUCCACCUCCGCCUCGCGCCCCGCUCCGACUACGUCUGCUGCCACAUCUCCAUGGGUGUGCGUCUCAUCCCGGCGCUGCCGCUCGGAGACAGCGCCUACCUGGUGCCGGCCUCCGGGGCUCGGAAAGGGGAGGACCUGUGGACCGCCUACUUCCCCAGGCAGGAGCAGAGGCUGCUGGGAUGGCUGAAAGGGAGGCUGCCUCCCAGCUCCUGCCACCUGAAGUGCCUUCAGUUGCUCAAGGAGGUGCGGGACCUUGGAGGCCAAGCGUUGGACCAGCAGGCGGGCGCCGAGUGGAGGGGGGUGCUCUCCUCCUACAGCCUGAAGACGGCCUGGCUGCGCCUGCUCCUCAGCACCCCCCCCGAGGUCUGGGAAGAGCGCCACCUGGUGGGCCGACUGGAGGACCUGCUGCGCUGUCUGAGAGAGAGUCUUCAGAACAGGGCUCUGCUGCACCUCCUGCUCGGCGGGGACAGUGGCCUUCUGCCCGACUCACUCGCCUUACCCAUGCCAAAGCUCGCCGAGGAGCCCAUGCCGUCUAACCUGUGGGUGGAGUUCAGCCCCGCCUCCCUGGACCUGGUCUCCGCCCGGCUGGCCUACUCCUGGGCGCACCUCCCACGCCUCAUCCGCCUUGGGCGGCCUCAGAGGAGCGCACUGGGCCACGGGCGCCACUCCCCCUCGCCCCUCCCCGAGGGAAAAUGGAUCCAGAGAGCACCGUGUUGCUCCAGAAGGGAGGUGCAGAGUUGGGAACAGACUGAGGAAAGAAUGGCGUAUGCACAGCUGGAACCCGUCGGCGAGGGUCUCCUCUCCAGACUCUCAGACCUCCUGCUGUGCCGCUGGUCGUGCCGGACGUGUUGGAGGCGGUGCUGGCAGUGCAGUUGCUGCCAGACCUCAGACGAGGAGGUGGAGAUCUUGGGCCCUUUCCCUCCGCAGACUCCCUCCUGGCUUAUCAGCGACUGCAACCACGACAAAGAUUCGACAUCUGACCUCAUGGGUGGCGAGCAAGGCCCGCCCACCCGCAGCUGCAGCAGCAGUGACGUUGGCGGCGGCAGUCCUGACCGGCGGCGUUCCAGCUCCGACAACCCGCGCUGCGUCUUUAGCCUGGCGCGCCAGCUCUCCGCUCUGGAUUCCAGGCAGCCCGGCUCCCCUCUGGUGGACAUAAAGCCCAUUGAAUUCUGGGCCAUGGGGCCCAGGAAGGAGGUGGUACAGCCUCUGCGGAAACCCCUGCCACCACCAGGCGACUACUUCCGCAAGCUGGAGCCGCGGCUGUACUCGGCGGACUCCGGCGGUGAGGAACGAGACGCGCUGACGGACGAGGAGAUGUCCCGGCGCUACCAACUGGGCAUGCUGCACUUCAGCGCCCAGUACGACCUGGUCAACGCGCAGCUGGGCGUGCGGGUGAUCGAGGCGCGCGACCUGCCGCCGCCUGCCGCCGGCGACGCCGCACGCCACGACCUGGCGCGCUCCAACCCCUACGUGAAGAUGAGCCUGUUGCCCGACCACAAGAACUCGCGGCAGACCGGCGUCAAGCGCAAGACCCAGAACCCGGUGUUCGAGGAGCAUUUCACCUUCCAGCUGCCCUUCCUGGAGGCACAGCGCCGCACAUUGCUGCUCUCUGUGGUGGACUUCGACAAGUUCUCCCGCCACUGCGUGGUUGGGAAGGUGGUGCUGCCCCUCAGCGAGGUGGACCUGGUGAAGGGGGGCCACUGGUGGAAGGCCCUGAACCCCAGCUCACAGAACGAGGUGGAGCUCGGGGAGCUGCUGCUGUCCUUAAACUACCUCCCGAGUGCCGGCAGGCUGAAUGUGGACGUGAUCCGAGCCAAACAGCUGCUGCAGACAGACAUGUGCCAGGGCUCAGAUCCAUUUGUGAAGGUCCAGCUGGUGUCUGGCUUGAAGCUGGUAAAGACAAAGAAGACAUCGUGCAUGCGGGCCACCAUCGACCCCUUCUACAAUGAGUCCUUCAGCUUUAGAGUAGCUCAUGAAGAACUGAGUGAGGUUAGCCUCGUAUUUACAGUGUAUGGGCACAACAUGAAAAGCAGCAAUGACUUUGUGGGCCGCGUCGUGAUUGGCCAGUUUUCCACGGGUCCCGCGGAGACCACCCACUGGCGGCGGCUGCUGCGCUCCCAACGCACGCCCGUUGAACAGUGGCACAGCCUGCGCUCGCGCGCCGAGUGCGACCGUGUCUCUCCCGCCUCACUCGAGGUCACGUGAUCCUCGCCCAGGGCAGUGGCCGGUGGACGCAGAAGGCAAAGGCCGGCUGCAAAAGCAGCAGGGCACGGUGAUCUCUCCUGAACUUUGAACUUGGGCUAGGGGUUAGGGGUCAGCAUCUACUCUGCUCUGUGGUGUGGUGGACCUGUGUUUUUCUAUCAAACCAAAACAUCUACAGAACUGGGGUCACCGGAUUCUUGUCCACUUGGUCAGUCUUUAGAUUAAUUCUCCCUUUACAACAGUCUUACACUCUCGGGAGGGAAAAAAGCCUCCGAGUGUUUUUCCACUGGUGCUGGCCAGUUUUCUCUUUAUCACGCUGAUAGUAUCUCGCAGGAGAGCUCCGUAACCUCGUCACCAUCUGGCUCCUGCCUGUGUCGCCCUCAAGCGGCCACUUGAACCGGCUCAGCAGCUGAGAUCCUGCCUCCCGCUGAUGUGGGCUGCAGCGUGUCACUGUGCUUGUUGUUUCUUUUGAUCCGAAUUUAAGUUUUUAAGUCGUUGGAAAUGAAUCCAAACUUCCGUGGAAACACAGUGGCUGUCAUUUUCGUCCCUGGGUUGUUGUUGUUGGUUUUUUUUACAGUUUCACACCAGUUUCCAUUUUGUGACAUGGUUGUUCCUAAGUGUACGUGUCCACCGACCGAAUGUCUAAUGUGUUUCAGAAGUGUUUACACCUAUAAUAGCAAUUGCGUUCUGUGUUACAACGUAGGAGUGUGUUGAUGUUUGUGUCUGUGCCAAAGUGAAUAUUUAUUAGAACUAUGUGGUGCCAUUCAAGGCACAGAUAUAAAAAAUAGAUUCAAACGUAAGCAUUCACCAAACGUUUUCUCCAUGUGUGGUCCACAUGUUGAAGUGUCUUGUCUCGUGGUGCCUCCUUCCUGACCCGUAUGUUUGGAUGUAGACUGGUGUGGUUGGGGGACUGAUGUAGUAUAGAAAUCAAAGUGCAAUCAGAAACAUUACUGUGUCUGCCUUAAGCUUUUGUGCGUGACCGGUACGUGUCUAGUGGUGAACUGUUCCCGGUCUAGAGGCAUUUUGUCUCAGUGUUAGUGAAUGAGAGUGAAAUUGAUAAAAUACAUAAGAAUAACAAAACUGUCAGUGAAGAUACAUAUUUAUUUAGGUAAACGGAUGCAAUUAUAUAUAUAUAUAUAUAUAUGUCUGCAAAUAUAUACGAAAUAAUAGAUGUAUAGAUUUAUUACUUACUGUGUGCAAUAAAUGAUGUGAACUGAAGAAACAUACGUUACAUGGGAAAGACAGGAGGACAGAAUAAAUCCACUGGGAGUAGCAGGCAGGUGCUUCAGCGAUGUCACAGACACGCCCUACUAAGGAAGAGGAGGAGCGGUCUGCUCACAACCCUCGGAGAUGUUUGUCCAGCGCUGCACAUGGAAAACUGCUGUAUAUGUUUUUCCCUGGGAAAACCAAACCAUAUAACUGAACUGAAUCCCUUUAAACAGGCAUUGAAAAGAGUCUGUGACAUGUGAGUGAUUUCACCAUUUUGACUUUUUGUUUCCAGUGUUCGUGUUAUUUGUCUGGUUAUGGAAGUUGGUUUGUCCAAUAUUAAUGAACUAAUUUCUGUCA